GUUUUGCUCGUCGCCUGAUCAACACCACCUGUGGAUCUGCAGUCCUUUGUCUCUAAACAACAGUCAUGCGAGGUUGGGUGAUAGAGAUGAUACAGGCUUUGACAUCACUUCUCUGGUUCCUCACCGUCUCCUUUGACUUGGUGAUGGCACAAUCCUUACGCCCGAAUGCUGCCCAGGACACACUCACAACAGCGGGAGAGGCGGUGGAAUCUGUAUUGAUAACAGUGUCACAACCACACUGCUCAGUCUUCCUCUUCACUGACGGCAACACUUUCACCUCCACUAUCUUUACGGAGUUAAGUCACUUCCAGGCCCUUGGUGGCAUGGUGGUGUUCGAGGUACUUAUGAACGACAGGGAUUCCAACAAGACAACAAUUCAGCUCUCCAGAAUGGUUACGGAGGCUCGUGAGGUAUGUGGUACUAUCAUUACAGUCGAUGUGAAUAGAGCUGAAUAAACUAACAACAUUUAAAUUGUAUCUGAUGGUUCACCCUUAAUGAACGGUUAGGUCACUCUCACAUUACUACUGAAGC